AUGGCCACCCCAGUCGCCCACCUCGCCCACCCGCUCCUCCACGCCCUCCGCGCCUCCAAGCCCGCCUUCGGGGCGUGGAUCACCCUCCCCGGCGCGCUCAACGCGCGCGCGGCCGCCUCCGCGUCCCCGCACCUCUCCUGGGUCGUCAUCGACUGCGAGCACGGCCUGACCGGCCUCCACCCCGGCGCCGGCGACUCCGUGCACGCCAUCGCGGGCCUGGGCCCGGACGCCCCGAGCACGAUCGUGCGCAUCCCUGCGACGGGCGCGUGUGCCGAUGGCAGCGCGAGCUGGCAGAUCAAGUAUGUGCUCGACCAGGGCGCGCGGGGCGUGCUUGUCCCGAUGGUCUCCAGCCGCGCACAAGCCGCGUCGAUCGUCGCCGCGGCGCGCUUCCCGCCGCAGGGCGCACGCGGCUUCGGGAACCCGUUCACGCAGCUCGCGUGGGGCGCGGGCGUGUCCGCGGUGGACUACCUCCAGCGCGCGAACGACUCCGUCGUCGUGCUCGUCCAGAUCGAGACGCGCGACGGGUACCGGAACCUCGACGAGAUCCUGUCCGUCGACGGCCUCGACGGCGUCUUCAUAGGCCCGUACGACCUCUCGCUCUCGCACGGGCUGCCGCCGCCGUCGCCGGACCCCCAUCCGGAGGCGGAGAAGAUGAUCCAGCACAUCCUUGCGGCCGCACAUGCCAAGGGCAAGAAGUGCGCGAUAUACUGCACGUCGGGUGCGCAGUCCGCAAGGCGUGCGAAGGAGGGCUUCGACAUGAUCAACGUCACGUCGGAUUCUGGCGCGAUGGCGGACGGGCUCUCGCGACAUCUUGCAGAGGCCGUCGGCGAGGCAAGCGCAGAGCAGAAGUUCAGCUACUAG